AUGCACUCCGUGCUCAUCGCGGUGCUGUGUCUGGUCCUGCCACGCACGACUUCAUCACAAGCCAUUGAAGUGCGUCCAGCUCAAUCAUCGAGUGGCUCUCACGUAUGCGACUUUACCCACCUGCAUCCUCGACGAUACGCUGCCUACCAUCUUCCACCACCAAGAGAUCAGUUUUUGUCAAGCAUUUCUAUUGACGGAGUUCUGGACGAACAAGUGUGGGCCGAAGUACCUUGGAGCGAGCCGUUCCAAGACAUCCGCGGCUCGCCAUUCUGGUCGCAGCCUUGGUUCACCACCAAAUUCAAGUUGCGCUACGACCAAAAGUUUCUCUACAUAGGCGCUUACAUUGAGGAGACCGAGGUGUGGGCCAACGUGUCCCGACGUAAUGAGGUCAUCUUCCACGACAAUGACUUCGAAGUUUUUGUGGAUGCCGACGGGAGCAUACACAACUACAAAGAGUUCGAAAUGAACGCUCGGAAUUGCACGUGGAAUUUAUGGCUCAACCGUCCGUACAGGGAUGGAGGACACGAGAACAGCACUCGAGUGGAUCCUCAUCAUGGUUUCGAUAUGUUAAACGGUGGCAUGCAAUCUGCAGUCUUUGUCAAAGGACCCAUUAGCGACCCAUCUUAUUAA